AUGUUGUUCUUUAGGAACCUCACUCUCCUUGCCGCCAUCACAACCACGGCAUUUGCUGUGCCUGUUGAAGAGCGCAGAUACGACUUACCUCGUGCAGUUGAUGACCACGCCGAUCCUGAAUUACGGACCAUUGCUGCCACGGCCAAUGGUCCAAGGUCCAUUUCCGGUAGGAGUGGUACCUCCGGGGCGGUUGAGAUCGUUAAUAAGAUGGAUCAGCCAAUCUACAUAUGGUCAGUUUCAGAUUCCGACACAACGGGCGGCGUCAUGCACACUGUACAAAAGAAGACCGGUACCUACACUGAGCAGUGGCGCGUUAUGUCUGAUGGCAGCGGCAUAUCCGUAAAAAUAUCAACCUCACCAAAACAGGACAGCGUUCUACAAUACGAGUAUACCAAAACUGGUGAUAAACUUUUUUGGGAUAUGUCUUCCCUAAACAUCAACUCCACUUCGCCGAUUGUUCAGCAAGGCUUCGCUGUGACGAUUAGCGACGAUAGCUGUGAGACUGUGACUUGUGCAGCUGGAGAUGCCACUUGUGCAGCCUCGUACCAGGACCCUAAUGACAGGGAUACACACGCCUGUAGGGCUAAUGCCGCUUGGGUUCUAACACUUGGAUAA